CGUGCCGGAAAAGUAGGCACUGCCGACCAGGCCGCCGCCGGUCGCGAGGUCCGCUUUUCAUGCGCCCAAGCGGGAGUCUCCAAUGGAAUCUCUCGCCCUACAAGAUGUGUCUGCGGAUUUGACGCCCAAAAUUAUAUCCAGUCGAAAUGGACAGCAUUUACCUUCAUGCGCAACACCGCCAAGAAUCAGUGUUAGUUGGAAGAAUCUAUCUUACAGUGUGCCCACAUCAAAAGGCAAGAAGAAAAACCUCCUGAACGACCUCUCCGGGAACCUGAGGUCUGGAGAGUUGACCGCAAUCCUCGGACCCUCAGGUGCCGGAAAGACAACCCUGCUCAACAUAUUAUCUGGCUUCCAGACCCGGGGUUGCCAGGGACAACUCUUUGUCAAUGGGCAAGCUACGAAGGAGAAGAGCUUCCGUAAACUGAGCAGCUACAUCAUGAACGGGGACAAUCUGAUACAGCACCUGACGGUACGAGAAACCAUCGACGCGGCGGCCAGGUUGAAGAUGCCGGAAAACAGCACGUACCAGCAAAGAGAUGCCCUGGUGACGAAUCUCCUCAAGUCCUGGGACCUGGACGGCUGUGAACACAGAGCCAUCAGGCAUCUCUCGUCCGGACAGAGAAAGAGGGUUACCGUAGCGCAAGAGUUGGUCAACACUCCACCGGUGAUAUUCCUCGAUGAACCCACAAGUGGCUUGGACAGCAGUAGCUCACUGCAGUGCAUCAUGUUGCUGAGGGAGUUAGCGACCAGGGGUCUUACCAUUGCCUUCAGCAUACAUCAACCAAGUUCGAGGCUCUUUCAACUGUUUGACAGACUGUACGUGUUAGCCGAAGGCUCCUGCAUCUACAGAGGUCCCGCCAAAGACAUGGUGCUCCAUUUGAAUGCAAACGGUCUGCAAUGUCCUCCGUUCUACAACCCGGCUGAUUUUUUGAUCGAGGUUGCAUCUGGAGAUUAUGGGAGCGUGAAAGAUACUCUUGUGGAAUAUACGAACAGAAACAUGGAUAAAGUGCCCUUCUAUGCACCUGCGAUGUCAAAUGGUCAUAUCGAAGAUCCCCAGCAUGAUGAAGUGGCUGUAGUUCCUUUGUUAAGCAAGGAGGAUCGAGUGUUUGUAAAUACGGUCUCACUCGGCCUUCAAAUCAAAGUGCUACUGAAGAGAUGUUACCUCUCACUAGUGCGAAAUCCCAUGGUGUUUCAUCUCCGUCUGGCCACCCACGUGGCGGUGGGCGUUAUUAUGGGUCUCCUGUACUACGGCACGGGAAACCGGGCCGACCUAUUAUUUAACAACGCGACGCUCGUGUUCUUCGCCCUCAUGUUCCUCACUUUCACCGGCAUGAUGCCCGUCGUCCUCGUGUUUCCCCUGGAGGCUUCUGUGUUCACUAGGGAGAGAUGUAACUCAUGGUACACCCUCAAGGCAUAUUAUCUGGCCAAAACAAUUGUUGAGAUUCCAUUCCAGGUAAGAAACAUCUACGUACCAAAUUGGAUAUGUCUAUUGGCGUAA